AUGAAUCCAUAUGGUUCUCUUAGUAGAAGCCAUAGUACUUGGCCGGUCAUGUUGGUGACGUACAAUUUAUCUUCUUCCAUGUGUAUGAAAAGAAAGUAUAUUAUCUUGUCAAUGCUUAUUUCUGGGCCAAAACAACCGGGAAAUGACAUCGAUGUGUACUUGGCACCUCUUAUUGACGAUUUAAAGUUGUUGUGGGAGAAAGGUGUCGAAGUAUUCGAUGCUAGUCGGAAUGAAAUGUUCAAUUUAAGAGCCAUGUUGUUCUGCACUAUCCAAGAUUAUCCAGUGUAUGGUAAUCUUUCUUGUUAUACCGUGAAAAUGGAAUGUGCCUGUCCUAUAUAUGAAGAUGGUUUGAAGGGAAAGUGGUUAUCAGCAUCGAGAAAGCAUGUCUACUUUGAUCAUCGUCCAUUUCUUCCUCGUGAUCAUCAAUACCGCAAAUUGGAAAAGGCGUUUAAUGGGGAACAAAAUUUUGAAAGUUGCCCAAAAGUCUUUACUAGCCAAGAAGUGUUUGAAAAGGUAAAAGACAUUAAAAUUACAUUUGUCAAGUUGAACAAAAAUAAAGAUGCCCUUCCUAAACAGGGAUACGAAAAGUGUUCCGAUUUUUGGCGUCUUCCUUAUUGGAGAUUUUUAUUUGUGCGACAUUCUCUAGAUAUGAUGCAUAUCGAAAAAAAUGUGUUUGAUAGUCUGAUUGGCACAUUAUUGAAUAUUGAUAAGAAGACAAAAGAUGGUCCUAAGGAUCGAGAUGACUUGAAGGAAUGGAAUAUUAGAAAUGAGUUACAUGUUGUUGAGGAGACCGAAAAACGAAAGUACUUACCCCCUGCUGCCUAUACAUUGUCCAAAAAGGAGAAAGUCGAGCUUUGUUCUUCCUUAGCUGGAGUUAAAGUGCCUGAGGGUUAUUCUUCAAACAUUUCUUCGCUUGUUUCAAUGGAGAAUUUGAAACUCGUGGGGCUGAAGUCUCAUGAUUGCCAUGUUCUGAUGGAAGAUUUCUUACCUAUUGCGAUUCGUUCAAUUUUCCCUAAAAAUGUACGGUAUACCAUUAUUAGGUUAUGUUGUUUCUUCAAGGCAAUAUACAGUAAAGUCAUUAAUCCUAAAGAAUUGGAUUCUUUAGAGAUUGAAAUUGCCGUCAUUUUGUGCCAGUUGGAGAUGUAUUUUCCCCCGUCUUUUUUUGAUAUCAUGAUGCAUUUGCCUAUUCACUUAAUAAGAGAGAUAAGAUUUUGUGGUCCUGUGCACAUGAGAGCUCAAUGGGCCUUUGAAAGGCAAAUGAAAACCUAUAAGGGAUGUGUUAAGAAUGCUUAUCGACCUGAGGCUUGUAUCGCUAAGAAAAUGUUUUAUGAGUUAUCUAUGGAAUAUUGUCUUGAACAUAUAGAUCAUGUGAAGACAGUAGGGCUUCCUACUUCUCGACACAGUGGUCGAUUUGAUGGUAUGGGAACUAUAGGCCGUAGAGAUCAUGACAUGUCUCUUGACAAGUGGCACAUGGCCCACACAUAUAUCCUUUUUAAUGAAAAUGAAGUUGCACCGUAUGUCAACCGACACAUGUAUUUCUUGAAGGCGCGAAACCGAAAGGCUAAUCCGAAAGCAUUAGCUACAGAACAUAGUAAAUCAUUUCGUUUUUGGUUCAAAGAUCAAGUAAUGAAAGAACAACCUGUUUCUGAGAGACUUAGGAGUUUGUGCUAUGGUCCUGAUUUCCGUGCCUCAUUUUUCUCUGCAUAUGUUGUUAAUGGUUGUACAUUCUAUACGCGGGACCAAGAUGAUAAAAGUACUAUGCAAAACAGUGGGGUAUCUCUCGAAGCUGAAGCAAUGUAUUUUUCAAGUUCUAAAGACAAUCGUCCUGUCUAUAGUAAAAUGCAAUACUAUGGGGUAAUAGAUGAGAUUUGUGAGUUGCAUUAUAUGGGCUUUUCAAUAGCUGUGUUUGGUUGUAAAUGGGCUGACAAUAACAAUAACAUUAUAUGUGAUGGCUUAGGGCAAAUUUCAAUGAAUCUUAAUAAACUUGGCAGUGAGGGCGAUCCUUAUAUUUUAGCUAGUCAAGCAAAACAGGUGUUUUAUAUGACUGACCCACUUGAUAAAACAAGGUCGGUCGUUAUAGCAACGAAACCUCGAUAUGCCAUUGAUGACCAUGAUGAUAAUAUUGUGUCCGAGGAAAGGUCUUCCACUAGUGAGGUAGCUAAUGUGAAUGAUAGUACUGAUGAUUCAUCGAUAUAUGUCCGUAGUGACCAUGAAGAAGGAAUUUGGUUUGAAGAUGAAACUUGUAAUGCAAAUCGAAAAAAAAGCGUCGUCGUACAGGUUGAUGGCAAGAAAGAAAAAGCGAGCAAGUUUCCCUCGAGAUGA